AUGAUUGAUACAGGAAAAGAGAAAUUUGAUCUGCUGCGAGACAGGAGAGUAACAAAAAUACUUUGUAAACAGGGUAUAGAGAACUGUAGUGUAUCAUGGAUACUUGGUCAUGAUGGCAAAGAGGAGCACUGGUUAAAUAAUCCGAGUGGUAUCGCUACCAACUCAAGCGGGCAUUGUAUUUUAAAAGACUGUGGCUUGAAAAUCAAGGUGUUUGACAACAGUGGCAAGUUUGUGCGACUUUUCAGACUUCCUCCCCUUAUUGAUGACAGCCGUAAAGAGCUAUCGAUUGACAGCUGGCCGGUUUAUCUGGCCUCAGACAUGAAUAACAACAUUUAUGUGCUGGUCAAAGAAAAGUCGAGUCGCGAGCGCUGGAUUUAUAAGUUUAACGAAAGCGCUGAACAGCAUCACAGGUUUCGUGUCAGGACAACGGAAUUCGACUUUAAGCUGUGUAAACUGUUAGUCAGUGAUAGUGGUAAAGUGGUGGUACUGAAGAGUGACAAAGAAAUGGAAGUGACAAAGAAAUGGUCUGUUGUGGAUGUAUAUGAGACUGAUGGUCAUUUUGUUUGCAGUUUUGGAGAACAAAUCUUGAGUUACUCGUACGGUAUCACUGCUGUAAGUGAUGGCAGAGUCAUGAUGGUGGAAAAAGGGGAUCCGUCGUGUGCUCACAUAUUCAGCGAACAAGGUGACCAUCUGCACAGUUUUAAUCUGAAAAAGGCUCUAAGAUAUUUACAAAUUGCAUUUCACAAGGAAAGUAAACAAGUCGUCAUAGCUGGUGUUAAGGGUAUGAUUUCAGACAUCUUGUAUAUAGAAAUAGAUAUCAAUGAUGGUAAGUUGAUGCAAAGUAUUUCGAUCCAUUUCGGAGAGUUCAACAUAGCUCCGUUUGGGAUUGCAGUGACUUCUGAGGGACGCGUUGCAGUAUCGAUCAUGUUUGACGAUUCAAAACCUGAAGUAAUAAUUAUUUAAAAAACGUACUAAUGUACUGAUUUUCCCUUCUUGCUUUCACUUUUUGUUAGUAGACUAAUUAUUAUUAUGGAUAAAUUGGUGUUUUGCACAAUAAUCAUGCAAUUAACAUAAUAAGCACAAUGCCCUUAUUUUUCACACAGCAUGAUGUAACUUAAGACUAAAGUUUCAUGCCUAAAGUGAAAGCUUUUAUAGCCUCAAUUUAUUAACUUUUGAUGCGCUAUUAUUUAAUCGAACAGAUGCGAUGGAGUUUUGCAAUUUUCAUGGAAAAUAAGUAUUACAUAAUUAAUCAUGUAGGAACUUUAUUGGUAGCUCCAGGCUUAGCUAGAGAUAUGAUGCUUAUUUGGCAACCAGCUCUGUGGUCCGCACCUCUUUAGAUGUAUUAAUAAAAUUCCACUUUGUAACUGCCAUAUAACUCCUUGUAAUGCGAAGAAAUAAUUUUUUUAUAUCAUGCCAAGGUGACACGUCUAAUAAAUACUCAGCAAUAAGCUGAGAUAUUUGUUUGUUCUUGUUACCGUGUUUACUUGAUAAUGUAUGGAUAUUGUAAGGAGAAGUCGAAUGUGAUUACCUUCUGUGAGUGAAAGUGUUGAUAUCCAGUCUCCCUUAAAUGUAUGUGCGUCAUUUUUUAUUUUAAUCAUGGUGUUCCUAUCUUUCGAUAAUUUUAACAUUAGCCUUUAUCUGUCUUUUAAGCAUAAUGCGUGGACUGUUACUGCUGUGAUAGGCCUAAUGUUUGCUUAAGUAGUUUUAACACUUCUGCUUUCUUUUCGAAUGUUUCAUUAAUCAAAUUUUAGUAUUUCAUCAGGCUGUUGUUUCCUGCAUGACGAUUUUCAAACCAGACCAAUUUCUGAGUGAACUUGGUCGCAUGACAAAUUUUAGAUGGUUAAAUAUUAGUAUGAUCCUUGUAGAUCAAAUCAAACUUGUCAGUAAAUGCUAAUUAUUUUAUAGCUGGCGGAGCACGUGGGUGAGGUGAUGCGAAUCCUUUGCUUUGCUUGGCUACUCGAGUGGGCAAGAGUUCCAUCUUGCCCACUGAUGCGAUGAAAAGUGUAAUUUUUUUUGUAUCUAGUGGAAAUUAAAAUAUGGUCAAUUAUCAUCAAAUCUUACCACUUGUUGAAUUUGUUCUUGUUUUCUCUUAGGUUCUUCUUUUUCGUAUGAUUUCGAUGAACUUCGAAUACAACUCUUGCCCCACAGCCUCCAACUUCCCGUACCACGUUCUCCCACCUCCCUUUCUUUUGCGGCCCUUUGUUUCCCAACUCCCGCCCUCUUUGUAUUACUCCCGUCUCCAGUUUGAUAAAAAGGACUAUUGAUUUAACAAAUUCCUUUUCCUUUACUUUCAAUUUUCGCACGUUGUCGGGAGUAGCUUUAGUCGUGAGCUAUGUGAAAGUUGGCUCCAACUAAUGAUUCAUAAAAUUGUUGAACCGUUUGCAUUUUUGAGCGUUCAAGCGCUGAUAGACCGUUAUUGCACAUUAUUCUUCGGCUGGUCUAGGAGAUAUAUUUUAAAACUACUCGGAUUUCUUCGAGAAGUCGAGGUCUUUUUGAAACCUCUCCGGAAAGAUUUAAAAGUUGUUCAUAUAUUCUCUGAUACAUUAAUUCACUAGCAGUAUCAUUUAGCUUUGUGAUUGUGUGAGUUAAAAAGAAGCAUUUGCAGAUGCGUGGUCUGAUUUUUUAUUGCCACAUACAAAAAUACUGAAUAAAAGGGGGCAAUUUUCUGGUGCUGCGUCGGUGGGAGAGUAUAGAAGGUAAUUUGGUGUUAACUACUGAGUUGAAAACGUAAAUUGGCCACCGUAAAGAGUAAAAAGCUGACGUUUCGAGCGUUAGCCCCUGGUCCAUCGCUCUGACGAAGGGUUAGCGCUCGAAGCGUCAGCCAAUUUACGUUUUUAACCUAGUUGUUAGAACUAAAUUGCCUACAAAAAUACUAAGGGUGAUCAAUAUGGCGACGACGACGACGACGUUUGACGUGACUCGCUUUGCUCGCUGGAUAAUUCCGACUGCUGACACUGUAUACAUGUUUCAUGUUAUCUCAUUCACGACUUACGAUGUAAUUGACUUCGAAAGGUAUCUAAUAUUGGCCUUUGACGAGAGCAAUGUGCGAGAUCUGAAUGAAAAUUUUAAACCAAAUGACGGCACUGCGCGGGCGGAGGUGAAACUGUUUGGCACAUAUGAUCUAAAGGAGAGUUGAUAAUACGCGAUCCUUACUAUGGAGACAUUUCAGAUUAUGAAGUCAUGUUCGAUUUUGUUCACAGAUGCUGUGUGGAUUUUUUGAAACAGUGUUAGAGAAGAGAGCGACUUACUGGUGUUUCAAUCACCGAGUCAAUAAUUUUAAUGCCUUCGAUUCAGACGCACUGAAGAGAAAUACUAAGUUUUGAGGUAUGACGACGGAUGUAUUCAUUUAUAUUGUGAAGCUCUGACUGCCACAGCACCGCGAACAAUGGACGAAACAUCGAAACUGCAAUAUGUUUUAUAUCCAUGCAUGCCGGAUUCACACACACAAAUAAGGAUAGACCAGAGCGCCAUGCCAUAUACUUGAAGGGACUGUACAUAAAGUCGAUUUACUAUCGAUCUUCUGAAUGUUUCAUUUAAGGUCACUGCCAAUAAAAUCUGGUCAAAAUUCUUUCAAGUUUCUCGUUUUCUUUCCCUUUUUAGAUCGAGGAAGCUUUUAAGUUGUGUGCCCACCAAAACAAAAACUGUGACAACUUUGGCUAUUUUCGGAAUCUAUACUUUAUAAGCUCCAUAGUGAUGGAGCUUAUAAAGUAUAGUUCUUCAUGGUUUGUUUUAUAAGUACCGCGCUUAAGACGAUUUUUCCAAGAGGCACCCUAUUUUGUUGACAGUAACCUCUUUGAAAGUUUUGCUACAUCAAUUUUCUUUUCAAACUUUCAAUCUUUAGCAUCUUACGGACCCUUAACCGCUACGAUGACCAAAAUGAAUGUCAUAAAAAGGUUCAAACGACAAGGCUCAUUGAUUAUUUCACCGCAGGCUACUGAACAAGAAACAAAAGCAGCGCCACUAAUUUGUUUUCCUGUACACCAAAACUUUGACGACGAAACAAAAAGGAAAAAACCGCAGGAUACAAGUUCACCGCAAUAACUUAAUUUAUAAUGAUAAUUGAAGUAAGUGGAAUUCAAUUUGGUCUGAAAUCAUACGCAUGAUUUGCCUUGAAAUCACAAGUAUGAGUCUAGACCAAAAUUGCACGACAUGAAGUUCAAUUGCCACUUUAUUGCAUCUUCUUUGAAAUCAGAAGAUUGAUUUAUCAUUGCCUAUUAUUCGUUUUUAAAUUUUACCUAGCAGAUAUUUGGCAGUCUUCACAAAAGUGAGUUUUGCAUCAUGAUGGCACAAAACAUUGGAAUGAAAGGUAUUUCAGAGCGUUAGCGUGGCUGUGUUGAUAACGAAAAAAGUUUGUUAUGCACCGUGGUCAUAAAAUAGCUCUGUAACCCUUGACUGUGGAUUCGUUUAAUUAACAGCUCGUAGAAGCGGUAAACUAAUUGAAUGUGUGGCUAACUGAAUAUUUCUACAGUGCGAAUGAAUUCUUCGAAGUUAUAAUCAGUGCUGUUAGUACAAAUAAACAGAGAACCGUACAACAAAUCGCUUUAGCUGCUUCACGCUCUUUGAUCUGAGGUAAGGUCAGUCGGCGCGAAGAGUCCCUAAGAAUCUUGCACGUUCGGUUAGAAUUUGCUAGGUUAGAACGAUUUCGUAGCGUUGAAUAACUGAUCUGGAAAUCAAACACGAUGUUUGGAGAAGAUAAAAAAAAAAUCGAGAACGGAGUCAAACUAAGGAAGAUAGAGUUAAACAGGUUGAGUGUAGAAGAUAAACUUAUGUACAAAGUAGAAAUCAAGUGUAUGCUGUUCAGUUGUAGCAAGUCAAACGUAUCGUGAAGAGGAGCUAAAAAAACCGAAGUGACUUCCCAUGGAGUAAGCGGGUAUCCAGUAAAAAGAGACUGUGCUUUCUUCAAGAAGUUUGAGAAAAACCAAACUUGGAUGUGUGCGAUUUUGUUGACUCCUUCUUUAUUUUGGGCAGAAGCACCGGAGCCGAAGCACUGGAAAGAAAAAGACGGAUAAUGGUUCUUGACAUAAUACUAUUUAGUGCUGGCUGUGACAAAAUAUCAGAAAGCUACUUUUGAAACAACUGUGGUAUGUGUGGCCUACAAUGAAGUUCUAAGAUCUCCUGGGUCGGCGGAAGUUUGAGCUGUAGAUCUGAUUGUCACCCUGGGCCUUAAUGGUCAUCGUUGUUUGAGUAAAGAAACUGGUUGCGCUUUACAUAAGUAUCUUUGUGACUUUAAAACUGAACUUGGAAUCACUGUUGGAGAAAAUACGCACCUACCCCUCCCCUAACCCAACGACAGUCAACUGAUAACAAGUUAGGGUAAAUGUUAGGGUAAAAUAAUCGAAAAACUUCAUAAGUGCAUCUGCGUUUGUGAGAACAGGAAACUGUAUAGCAUAGUCCUAAUUUCUAUUGAGAUCCGCUUUGCACACCCUAAACGAAACCACAAGCUUCAAAAUUGUCACUUAGGCCGAUAAAGAAAUUCGAAUCAAAUGCACUUCGUGCGUUUGAUUUGAAUUUUUUGAUCGGCAGUCGUGAAUUAACGAUUAAUUUAUAGGAAGAUGGGACGAAAUGGCUGAGAUGGGUGUAGAGUGAACAAGAAAGAUUAGAGUUUGAAGUAGAAAUGAAAGAAAAAGAUGAAGAGAAAUCGUGAAAGUUACCAUGUGUUACCCUGAUUCAUUAGAGCUUUCAGACUUUGCCGCAUUCUUACGCCUACAAGAAGGAGCUGACUUACCUCGGGGUGUUGCUCGAGGUUUUCUAUUUGAUAAAGAAAGAAAUCAGGACAACAAAAAUCAAAGGUAGAGUUAGGGCACCAGAGAUGGAGGGUAAUAGAGUACGAAAAAGGAAAAAAAACGGCCGUCUUUUUCAGGGUAUCGGCCUGCAGAAUCUUCAAGAUUAAAAAAAAAAAAACAAAAAAAAAAAAAAGAAGAAAGGAAAGAAAAUAAAGUCGAAAUUGAUAAUAAAGUACAACAGAGGAAAAACUAGUAUGCAGAUCCAAAAUUUAAGGAAUAGGAAAAGGUUCAGCAACAGCAACAAAGAUCUCUCCCAAAGUUCUGUUUGUUACAGUCACAUUUUGUCAUGCGGAUUUUUCUCUUGUGAGGAAAAGAGAAAAAAGUAAAAAAAAAGAAAACUGACUGAAAUUACAAGGAGAUAUUUAGAAACAAAUUUCUUUCUUGCGAACCUUGGAUAUCACAAAAUGGCAUUGUUCAUGACUUUCCUUAAUAACAUUCUCUCGAUACAACGCGUGCAACUUAACUGUAUUGAAUCACGGUGGUUCGUUUUCUUCACAUCAGCUCUUCAAUAAUCUGGAAUGUGCGAUCAGAAUCUCACCCCUAGUCGCAAAGAUGCGUACAAAUCAUGUAAAAACAGUAUUGAAUUUCGAAACUAGUGUCCUAAGAAAGACCAGGAGAAAAAAGAAUGCCUUUUUCACAUGACAGCUCUGGUUUAAGUUCCUCACUCUACCCAGGAAGGGUUCAAAAUUUCUCUCCUCCCCCGGAAGACAGUCAAAUGCCUGUGCGUUACUCAGCCGGGGAGAGGGGGGGAUGUUGAAGCUUCGAAAUGAGUGGAAUCUAAUUUUCCAAAUGAAGCGCUAUCAACAACUGACCGCAUCAUAGCAAUGCAGUACCGAGUGAUGGCCACAGUAUUAGAAACAAUAGACCAUCCCGCAGAUGCUGUAGCACCAUGUAAAGUGUGUAUUGAAAAGCUAAAUGGUCUGCCAGUGGUUCAGCAAAGUCUUCAACAACAGCUCAAAACAGGAAUCAGGGCAGUGAAGAGUUUAUUUAACAAAGAACGCUGGAAAGUUAUUUCCGGUGUAUAUCUUGUUAAUUGUAUCGCCCACGAUAUCACACAAACAAUAUCCGUUAAAGAAUCAUUGCCACAAUGGCCCGAGAUUGAUGCAGGAAAGGAGAGAGUUGAUCUGCUGCGAGAUCGGAGAGUAAGGGAAAUACUCGGUAAACAGGGAAUGGAGAACUGUUGUGUAUCAUGGAUACUUGGUCAUGAUGGCGUAGAGGUUCACGGGUUAAAUAAUCCGCGUGGUAUCACUACCAACUCAAGCGGGCAAUAUAUUGUAGCAUACAAUGACUUGACAAUCAAAGUGUUCAACAACAAUGGCAAUUUUGUGAGACGUUUCAGAAUUCCUCCUCUUAUUGAUGACAGCGGUAAGGUGCUAUUAAUUAAAACCUGGUCGUUUCCUCUGGCCACAGACACGAAUGACAACAUUUAUGUCCUGGUCAGCGAGGAGAGUCGUAUGGACUCAAACUGGAUUUUUAGGUUUAACAAAACCGCUGACCAGCAUCACACGCUUCAAAUCAGGAGGAUGGGCUUCGACUUUAAGCUAUGUAAAUUGUCAGUCAGUGAUAGUGGUAAAAUGCUGGUACUGAAGAGUUACUGUAAAGAAAAUUUUGGGAUUGUAAAUGUAUAUGAGACUAAUGGUGAGUUUGUUUGCAGUUUUGGAGAACAAAUCUUGAGGAGCCCGUACGACAUCACUACUGUAAGUGACGGCAGAGUUAUGGUGGUGCAUAAGCGAACAAGGUGAUUAUAUAAACAAGUUCAAUUUGCCAAUGUCUACGACCUAUCCAAAAAUUGCUUUUCACAAGGGAAGUCAACAAGUCAUUGUGGCCGCUCUUAAGGAAUAUAAUUCAGACCUCCUGACUAAACUAAUAUGCACCAAAGAUGGUGAGUUUGUGCAAAGUACUGUUAUCCCUAUGGGAGAGUCCGUUAUUCUGGAUGGGAUUGCAGGGACCACUGAGGGACGCAUUGCAGUACUAACCCAGCAUGAAGAUGCAACACGCCAAGUAAUCAUUAUUUAAAAAUGAAUAAAGGGGUAAGUUUCUAAAGAAACUGUGGUGCUGCGUCGGUGGAAGAGUAUAGCAGGUAAUUUAGUGUUAACAACUGGGUUGAAAACGAAAUUGCUCUGACGAAGGGCUAACGCUCGAAACGUCAGCUUUUUUACCCUUUACGGUGGCUAAUUUACGUUUUCAACCCAGUUGUUAACACUAAAUUACCUGCAUUAUUUAAAAAUCACGUUUAGUUUACAGACUAAUCAUUUUUAAGGAUGGAUUGGUACUUUGCAGCAAUAAUCAUAUAAUUAACAUAAUAAGCAAAAUGCCUUUAAUUUUCGCAUGCCAUGAUGUAACUUGAGACUAAAGUUUCAUGCCCAAAAUGAAAGGUUUCAUAUCCUCAAUUUGUUAACUUUUGAUGCGUUGGAAUUUAAUUGAACAAAUGCAAUGCGGUUUUGAAAUUUUCCCGGAAAAUAAGCAUUACAUCAUAGAUCAUGUAGGGACUUUAUUGGUGGCUCUAGGCUUAGCUUGAGAUAUGAUGCUUUUUUGGCAAUCAGCCUUGUGGUCCUCACUUCUUUAGAUGUAUUAAUAAAAUUGCACAUUGUAACUGCCAUACAUCUCCUUUUACUGAGAGGAAAUAUUUUUUUUUAUGUCAUGGCAAGGCGACACAUCUGACACAGCAAUAAGCUGAGAUAUUUGUUUAUUCUCAUUACCUGUUUACUGGAUAAUGUAUGGAUAUUGUAAGGAGAAGUUGAAUGUGAUUCUCUUGUGUGAGUGAAAGGGGUUGAUAUCCAGUCUCUCUCAUGUAUGUGCGUCAUUUAUAUUUUAAUCUUGGUGUUCCUCUUUUUUCGAUAAUCUUAACGUUAGCCUUAUCUGUCUUUUUAAGCAUAAUGCUUGGACAGUUACUGCUGUGAUAGGCCCAGUGUUUGCUUAAGUAGUUUUGAACACUUGUGCUUUUCCUGUCGAAUGUUUCAUUAAUCAAAUUUAGUAUUGUAUUUGGCUGUUGUUUUCUGCGUGUCAAUUUUCAAACAAGACCAAUUUCUGCAGUGAACUUUGUCGCGUUGGAUGGUAAAAAUUAGUAUAAUGAUCCUUGGAGAUCAAAUCAAACUUGUCAGUAAAUGCUAAUUAAUUCAUACCUAGCAGAGCAUGUGGAUGAGAUGAUGCGAGUCCUUUGCUCUGCUUGGCUACUCAAGCAGGCCAGAUGGAACUCUUGCCCGCUAAUGAAAAAACGUAAUUUUUUUUAUCUAGUGAAAGCUGAAAUAUAGUCAAUACUGGCAAAAUUUACCACUUGCUGAAUUUUUUUUUUUGUUUUCGACCUCUUUCGUUCUUUUUUUUUUUUUUUUUAUGAUUUCGUUGAAUUUCGAGUACAACUCUUGCCCCACAGCCUCCAACUUCCCGUACCACGUUCUCACACCUCCCGUACUUUUGCAGCCCUUUGCUUCCCAACUUCCGCCCUUUUUCGUAUUACUCCCGUCCUCAGUUUGAUAAAAGGACUAUUGAUUUAACAAAUUGUUUUCCCAUCAUGUUAAAUUUUUGCUCUUAGUCGUGAGCCAUAUGAAAGCUGACUCCAACAAAUGAUUCAUAUCACUACACGUCCACUGUUGAACCGUUUGCGUUUUGAGCGUUCAGUUUAAGCGCUGAUAGACCGUUAAAAAUUGUUUUGAUCGUAUUGUUUUAGUUUUACCGCCAAUUCAAAGGGCCUACUAUUAAUGAAAAUUUGUGAGCGCAUGUUGAUUUGUUUCCAAAUUUCGCUUAAAGGCUUGCGGCUUGAUGGCGGGGCGAGAAAAGUACGAAAGCCCGGUUAAUGAAAAGAAAAUUUCAGACACGGCUACUGUAUCAUUUAACUCGCUUAAACGGAGAUCUAUUUCACUCGCUUGCGUGCCAUUUUUACUCAGCGCUGAGCUCGACACAAUUCGUUUCGCCGGAAAGAUAAGCGAGUAGAGAAUGGAAAUAACUUGGCCUAUUUAUUCAAUGCAAGAGUCUUUCGUCGAGCAGUAGAUCAACCUCGUGAUUACAUGACCCCAUUGUCUUGUUCAUUUGAUCGUCCCAGUCGUUAUCUUAAAUAUACCCAUCCCCAAUACUUUCUUAAAGCCCUCACACAGUGCGAGAGACGGGAAAUAAUUAAAUUUAUUUGAACUUGGGAAAGGCUAUGAAAUUAAAGGUAGCCUUUCGGUUUAAUUAACCUUUUCGUUUUCUUGCUAUCAAAACUGUAAGUUGAACGUUAGGGCAAAAAAAAAACUUUUAAAUAAUCUUAAAAAUGUCGGUGAGUUCAACAGAUUAUCACUCGGUGACCCAAACAGGUUGAAGAUUGUUUAUUUUUGGACAGAUUAAUUCGUGGCACUGAAGACACAGAAGUUAAACCUUGGCAAGUGAAAAUCAGUAAACUGAAUGAACACAAAGUAAUGUAGCAAGUUAUUUAAGAGUUUCUGACAAAAACCGCACUUUCCCCGUUCCUCCGCUUUGACAUCUUUGGUGAAGGCUUAGUCCAACGAGAAAUACAUGCAGUAACACAAUAGUGAAUUACCCCCUCAUAAUUUUCUGUCAUCUCUAAUUUAUGAUAAAGACAAGUCUUUCGUUAUCCUUUUAAAACAAUUCUGAAUUGAUAAAGAAGAAUGAAUUAUUAUUGAAUGAUCAUACUGAUUUUUUUGUGUUGUUUAUCAGUUUGAGUUCAUCUUUUGAGUCACGGCACAGUUAUGCAUUGUCAUCAUGUGAGCAUUCACAUAUAUUGAGUUUCUAAUCAGUGAUUAUGUUUAAAACCGUUUAUUUCUGUUGUGACUAUUUGAAGCUUCUGAUGGACUGUUAUUAUUCUUAGACAUACUUAAAAGCUGGUAACGAUUUUGACCUGCCUCUUUCACUGUUUCGCUACCAACUCAAGCGGGCAAUAUAUUGUAGCCGACUAUGACUUGACAAUCAAGGUGUUUGACAAUAGUGGCAAAUUUGCGAAGUGUUUCAGACUUCCUCCUCUUAUUGAUGACAAUGGUAAAGAGCUAUCUACAGAAAACUGGAAGGUUAAACUGGCGACAGACAUAAACGACAACAUUUAUGUGCUGGUUGAAGAAAAGAAUCAUCAGCGUUGGAUUUUUAAGUUUGAUAAAUCCGCUGACCAGUAUCACAAGUUUCGCGAGAGGACAAUGGACCUCGAGUGUAAUCUGUGUAAACUGUCAGUUAGUGAUAGUGGCAAAGUGAUGGUAUUGAAAGGAAAUUAUACAAAGGACUAUCAUUUUGUGGAUCUAUACGAGACUGAUGGCCAGUUUGUUUGCAGUUUUGGAGAACAAAAUUUGAAGAGCCCGCGAGACAUCAGCACUGUAAGUGAUAGCAAAGUUACAGUGGUGGACCAAACGCCUUCCCAUUGUGUACACAUAUUUAGCGAACUCGGUAAUCAUCUAAGUAAGUUUGAUCUCAAAGGGUUUGUUCACUUUCCAAACAUUGCAUUUCAAAGGGAAAGUCAACAAGUCGUCUUGGCUAGUACUGAAGAUGAGAAGGAGCUCCUAUGUAUUGGAAUAUACACCAAAGAUGGUGAGUUUGUACGAAGCGUUUUUAUCUACAAAAGUGGCUAUUUCCUGUAUGAUUGCAGUGAGCACUGAAGGACGCAUUGCAGCUCUAGGACCUUCAUAUGUCAAGCUAGAGUCCGGCGUCAUGGAUUACAAAAUAGGAUAUCAGUUGAUUGUUCUAUAAAACUGAUGCAAAUGUUCUUGACUUGUUUCCUCAUUCAUUUUGCGGAAUCAACUCAGGCCUGAGAAAAUAACCCCCUUACUUUCUCUUGGUUUGGGCGUAAGGUUUUGAACAAUUCUACUUUCAAGAGAGGUCUACUGCAAAGUGUAUGAUCUGAUUUCGUUCUUGUCUGGAUUGUUUGCUAUGUGGGUUUUCUUUUUUUCCUUACGAAAUUAAUUAUAAAACAGUUUAACACAUAAUACGUUUUAGAUAGGACACAGAAUCAAAUACCUUGUUAGCGACGUUUUUCUGCCACUUAGUCGAGUUUUUCACUUUAUGUCUUUUUAGACCCUGGAACAUUCGCAAACGAAUGUAACGUAGUUUCGGUUCUUCUUGAUAGACAAAGCUUAUCAAUUUAGGAAUCUCAUUCAUGAUUCUAGGCUAAUCAUCACUGACCCUCAACCUCGUGUAGGUAUAUUUCUUUUCAAGAUGCGAUUAUUAAUUCACGAUUUUAGCUGCUAAUCAUUUCUUAUACCGAGGUAGAACCAGCACUAGUGGAUAUAUUUGUCUAUUCUCGUUAUAUAUUUUUGUCGGAGGACGUAAGGUUAUUAUAAGGAGAAGCUGAAUGUGAUUCCUUUCUUUAAGUGAAAGGGUUGAUAGACAAUUUUCUUUGGAUGUAUUUGUAUGAUUUUAUAUUUUAAUAAGCGUGUUCCUAGACCCUGUAUAAUUGCAGCAGUGGCAUUCACUGUAAUGAUUCCAUUUAGCGCUUGGGGCGAUUACUUACUUUUGGCACCUCAAAGGAGGGCGCUAAUUCGAGACAAGGCGGUAAUUAGGGACAGGGCGCUGAUUAAGAAAAGGGCGCUUACCGGUAUUUCUUUUCUAGAAAAAGCAGAAUAUGCAAAACAAAGCUUUGAUGUUUAUUUGAAGAGAAUCAAGAAGACUGGAAAAAGGAGUUGUAGUCUCUUGAUCCUUCCUGAUUAGAACGACCAGACUAGCAAUCGUCACACGGAAAACAUGUCUUAUUGACAAAACGAUGGUCUCCUAGAUUCGUUCAUCCCACAUAGAUCGUACUUACCACGCUGAAGUUGCAGUUGGGUAAAAAUGAGAGAUGGACACGCGUGCAGGGUUGCACGCGUACGCUGCUUACGAAAAUUUUAGACACGGCUACUGCGUCAUUUUACUCGCUUAAACGGCGUGCUAUUUCACUCGCCAGCGUUUCAUUUCAUUCAGCGCCGAGCUCGACACACUUCUUUGUUCUCUGUAAUACGUGCGUUUGUUUUUAUCGUGCAAUUUGAGCGAUAGAAAAUUUUAAUUAGGCGUGCAAACCAUGAACACCGGCUCCGCUGCGAAGCCGGCGUGUCAGUUUUCUCGCUGCCGUUCGUUCACCUUAUUCUCUGUUUGCCCGUGGAGGGUCACAUUUAUGACGAGAUCAUUCGUUUGAAGGAACUGUGCACCCACGUGAGCAUAAUAUAGAUGAAAGACUGAGACGAAGACCACAAGACCGACAUCUCACUCGUUCGCUGUGCUCACUCGUGAGCUAUCGAGUUGAACACUCGAGGAGAAAUUCUUCUUGAAAUGUAGACUACGUUAUUAAUUACAGUUCAAAUUCAUCAUUGUAAUGAUAUUCACACCCGUCUGUUUUGUUUUCAGCUUUUGUUGAUUUCCUAGCCACAGGUGGCGUCUCUCCGUUUGAAUUAUUUCUCUGCAUCUUAAACUACUCGAAAAAUUUAGCUUCACAUUCUCCUGUUCCUUUUCUGGAAAAAAAUUUAUCGCUGAUUUUAGCAUGGUCGCAUAUUAUUGUGUUACUUUCCAUGAUGGAAUUCUUACUGAACAAUUUUUAGCCUAAAGGUUUGCAUUUAAUUAUGAUAGAGCCAAAAAGAAAAUGAAUUGAUCCUCUUUAAUUAGUCAAAAAAUAGAACUGGCUCAAAACAUCAGAUCAAUUUCAUUCACAGUCAUAAUGUAUGCAUAGCUAUCUGCUAUCUUUCCAGCUGUCGUUUAUUUGCCAUGAAUGAUGUUUCCUUGAGUUGUAUUUUUUCGCUGUGUCUUCAGUUGCCCGAGGAAAACAACUUAAGAAGUUGAAUAUUUUUUAGGGUUGCUUCAUUUUAACUGUCUAACUUUGAACACAUAUCGACAAAAUUGUCUUCAUUUCUUUCGUCGAAUAUUUACCGGUUAGUGUACAAACUUUGAACCUAGUUGUUGAUAGGCCUUCGAUUCAUUCGCGCCGGAAAAAUCGAGAAAAACUUUUAAUAUCGAAGGAAUCUUCAUAAGCUGCAAAACAUUUUCAAUUUCCUGUUUUUUUCCCAGUCACUAUCAUGUACUGGAUGAUAACAGCAGUUUUUAAAACUACUAUUGGAUGGCUUGUGGAGAAAGGCAGAGAAAAAGUAGCAGAAAAACUUAAAUAUGGCGACGUAACAGAUCAACAGCUUCGCGGCAUCAUCAUACGUGAAAUUGACGAUGUGAAGUCUAAGCUGGAUGGAAUAUCAAAGAAAGAGUUGAAAACAAGUAUAAGCUCCUUUAGAGAAGGAAUCGAGUACCUGUAUGAAGUAUUUGAAGAGACUAGGUCGAGGGAUGAGCUUACUGAAUAUGCCACAAGGCAGCUCGCCACUGCAAAAGACAGAUUCAAAUUUGCUCGUCAAAUGGCAACCAUUGCUUUUUCAAAUGAAGCAUUAUCAACAACUGACCGCAUCUUAGCAAUGCAGUACCGAGUGAUGGCAACAGAAUUAGAAACAAUAGACCAUCCCGCAGAUGCUGUAGCAUCAUGUAGAGUGUGUAUCGAAGAGCUAAACAGUCUGCCGGUGGUUCAGCAAAGUCUUCAAGAGCAGCUCAGGACAGGUAUCAUGGCAGUGAAGGGUUUAUUUAGCAAAGAAGAACGACGGAAAGUUAUUUCCGGUGUCUGUCUUAUCAAUCGUGUCGUCUACGAUGUCACACAAACAGUAUCCGUUAAAGAACCAUUGCCACAAUGGCCCAUGAUUGAUACAGGAAAAGAGAAAGUUGAUCUGCUGCGAGACCGGAGAGUAACAAAAAUACUAUGUAGACAGGGUAUGGAGAACUGUAGUGUGUCAUGGAUACUUGGUCAUUAUGGCGAAGAGGAGCACAGGUUAAAUAAUCCGAGUGGUAUCGCUACCAACUCAAGCGGGCAAUAUAUUGUAGCAGACUGUGACAAUACAAUCAAGGUGUUUGACAAGAGUGGCAUGUUUGUGCAACAUUUCAGAGUUCCUGCUCCUCUUUUAGAUGACAUGGGUAAGCAGCUAUCCUUUACAUACCGGGUGGUUCAUCUAGUCGCAGACAUGAAUGACAACAUUUAUGUGCCGGUCAAAGAAACCAGUUGUGAGGACUCAUACUGGAUUUCUAAGUUUAACAAAACUGCUGACGAGCAUAACAGUUUUCGCGUCAGGACAAUGGGCUGCGAAUGCAAACUGUCAGUCAGCGAUAGUGGUAAAGUGGUGGUACUGAAGAGAAACUCUGGAGAGAGUUAUGGGAUUGCGGAUGUUUAUGAGGCUAAUGGUCAGUUUGUUUGCAGUUUUGGAAGACAAAUCUUGAGUUACCCGUGCGACAUCACUACUGUAAGUGAUGGUAGAGUUAUGGUGGUGGAAGGAUGGCUUUCGACGCCAGGUGUUCACAUAUUCAGCGAACAGGGUGACCAUCUAAACAGGUUUGAUCUGCAAAGGUUUCUGAGAUCUCCAAAAAUUGCAUUUCACAGGGAAAGUCAACAAGUCGUCGUGGCCGGUAAUAAGGAAUCAGACAUCUUGUAUGUAGGGAUAUACACUAGAGAUGGUGAGUUUGUGCGAAGUACUCUUAUCCAUAUGGGAGAGUCCUUUAUUCUGAAUGGGAUUGCAGUGACCACCGAGGGACACAUUGCAGUAGUAACCCGGAUUCUAGGUUCAACAAAAAAAGUAAUCAUCAUUUAA